CUAGUCAAUUCAGAAUGAGUAUUCUGUGAAUAUGGACUUUGGUUUGACUCAGAGAGAUUUGUCAAGUAAAUAUAAUUAGAGGAAAAAUAAAAUAUAAAAACUUCGUUCCGAUCCGGAAAGAAAUGCGUAAAAUUCGCAAAAUGCAGGUAUUUAUAGUGACUCGUGACGGCCGUAAGAAUAUUUAUGAUGUGGAUCGCUUCGGUAAAGUGAGCGAUCUUAAGAUGCGAAUCGGUCGCAGUCUGAACGUGCCCAUGUGCUUCAGUCGCUUGGCCUACAAGGGCCGCAUCCUACCCAAUGACUGCAUCCUGGAGGAUAUCGGUAUUAAACGUAUGUCUACUUUGGAGCUCUUCUGGCAACCCUUGGUCUUCUCACCAAAACAGAUACGUGAGAAGGAAAUUGAAAUGGAGAAAAUGGAACAGAAGCAAGGAGCAUCUAGCAUGACGGAAGGCUAUGAUCAGAUUAUCAAGUCGGGAGGACUUUUAGCUGCUUCGCAGAGCAAAGGAUUAUUGCAGAUGGAUUCUGUUGAGGCUUUCUCUUUGCUGCCCAAAGGAUCGUUGAACAAGCUGCAGAAUAUCAUUGUGGCCGAUGAUGAGGAUCUUGAUGAAACUCUGUCCUCAGCUUCUUCAGAUGACCUAGAAUUUCUGGCUGCCUAUCGGCGACCUCGCAAGGUUUCCAUAAAAAAAACCGAAUUGGACCUAGAAUUGGAUCUAGAGUUGGAGAAUUUACCAAGUCCCAUCAAAAAUCUUGAUAAUGAUGAAAUUGAAAUUCCAGAUGCCGCCAAACUUCCUAAUAAAGAUAUAGUUACGGAAUUGCCUGAUGUUGAAUCGGUUGAGAAUCAACCCGAGGAAUCAUCGUCCUCUACCAAUCUUAAGAAGAAGACUAAGAAAAAUCGCAAGAAGAAAUAACUUAACAAAAUAUAAGCAAAUAAUAUAAAAAAAAAUAACAAAACAACAGAAAGAAUAGAGGAAACAAAAAACACAACAAAUUUUCAAUAUAAGAAAACAAAUAGAUAGAUGAAUGAUCCAUGAUCCAUAUCAAAAUAAGCGAAUGAUUCGAAUCACAAAAUUUACCAUGUUAUUAACAAAGUCCAAAUAAUGAAUAUGAACGAAAUCCGAAAACAAUAAUGAAUAACGAAAUUAAAGUACAAAACUUUGGAAAGGCGACUUUUCAAGCCCUUCCUGUCUCUUCACACUCCAACACUCUCAAAUCACCACCAACUCACUCCAAAUUAAUUAUAGAUAUAAAUUAUAAAAUGUUAGCUUAUUAUUAUUUA